GUUGUCACGUGACGCAACCAUUUAAAUGUCAGCUGUCAUACGUCAAUCGUAUUUUUGAAAGUGAAAAAAGGUGCAAGUUGGGUGUUUAAUAACGAAAAAUGUUGGUAAAUGGGACAAGAACGUGUACGAAGACCUUGUUACAAACGGUCGCAAGGUCGGUAGUUGCCUGUCACACUCGAAAUGUCACGUACGUACAAGGACAAGAACCGGAGCCCAAAGUCCGGGAAUAUUUUUAUUAUAUAGAUCACCAAGGAAUGUUGUUUUUAGAUGACUCAAAAAUGAAGAAUUUCACCUCUUGCUUCAAGGAGAAGAAAUUUCUGCAAUUUUUUUUCAAUCAGUUGAAACUAAACAACACAGACAGGUAUAAGGAGUUUCCUUACUUGUCUAUCUGUGGAAAAGAACGAAACUUCGUACGUUGCGACGAUUUUCCUGUUGUUUUUACAAACGUAAUUAGUAAAAAUUUGAAAGAUGGCUCUGUGGAAACACACUUAGCAUACAAUCAUGCUGGAGAUUUACUCUCACACAAGUUUGAACCCAAUAAAAUCAUCAUGAUACCGGAUACUGGUAGAGUGUAUCACCCAGCGUCUCAAAGAACAGGUUCCAUAGGGUUAGUCAGGUCAAAACUUGCAAUCGAAUUCAGCAAAUAUUUUACUUUCAAUAAUGGCGAAAGCAACCCACCUACACAUUUCACUUUUAACGACGUCACGUACGAGCUAGACAACGCUUGGUACUUAAAACACAAAUAAACAACUUCAAUUUACUUGUUAAAAAGUUCUGAAAUACAUUAGGUACUCAAGAAAUUCUGUAAACAUAUUUAAUAAACUUUAUAUUGCA